AUGGAGGAAUUUUCCCAGUCUCGUGGGGACGACGAUCUUUUCGACGAUGAGAUUAUACCCAUAGAGCAGAGCACGCCCGCACAAGAAGUGACUCAACAUCUCGAACAAAUCUCCCUCGAACCCCCACCAGGCCCGACGCAACCACUCCCUCCUGCAGACCAAUCUCCGCAGUCGACACCGUCACAACAUUCAAACCGAGGUCGUGGACGUGGAAGAGGACCAUCCCAACAUUUACUACGGGGCGGCGUUCGUGGCGGCGCGCCUCGACAACAAGGUGCCUAUACCGCCCGAGGUGCCCACAACCUAUCCGACUCAAAAUGGAGCACGAAGCCGUCUCAGCAGCCGGCGCCCACCGUAACACCGGCAGCGCCGGAGCAGCAAGCAGAAGAAACAAUCCCAACACCCCCCAAUGACACAGACGCUGCAGCCUCAUCAUCUCCCGCCAAUGCGCCUCCGUCUGCCCCUACCGGCCCUGCUGCCAAGCCCCGUCCACAAGCCGUUCGAGGCGACCGCUCCUCCACAGGUGGCUUCGCCAAACCAAAACUCACAGAAGAGGAGCUGUCCGCCAAACUCGCCGCCGCGAAGGAGAAGUCAGUCGGUCUAGCUGCUGCCCAUGCACGAGCACAGGCGGAUGCGGAUGAGUUUGCCGAGCGCGAGCGCAUGGCGGGUGCGAGGAGACGCAAAGAAGAAGGCGAGCGGAAGCAGAUGGAGGGAGAGCGUGAGAAGAACCGAGCGAGGAAGAUGGGUGCGAGAGAAGGGCGGGAAUGGGACAGAGACAAGGAAGAGCUGGCUGCUGGAAGGGGUUUCACACCGCGGGCGCGGGAUGCGGAUGAAGAGCAGCAGGAUUUGUCCAUCUAUGAGUGGAAUGAUGAUCGAGGUGGAGGCCGGGGCAGAGGUGGUAGAGGGAGAGGCCGCGGUCGAGGCGGACGUGGUGGUGCUCGCGGAGGAGUUGGCCCGUUCUCGGGUCGUGAAUCACAGAGGGAGCCUCAUGUGAACGCGCCUGAUGAGUUUCCUGCUUUGCCUGGCUCUGGCACCGCAAAGGAUUCGAAACCGACGCCCGAGGGAGACAAAAGCCAGAAGCCUCCCCCACCUGCCCGAGUCGACUCUGACAGGGCCGCGGCCGGGAAAAGCUGGGCCGACCAGAUGGAGGCAUGA